UCACGAACAAACAGUUUUUCAGUUUCUUUUCAAAUUUUACAAAAAACACAACAGAAAUAAGCUUGACAUUGAAAGUAGCAACAAGAUAUAGCCAAGAAAAAUGAGCAAAAUUUUCACAAAAAAGCUCGAACGCCUUCACAAGCCACCAUGUGACUUAACCAUGUACGACAACGAAGAGUAUAUGAAAAAUCCGCUUCUAAAAUUCCGCCUGUCCGAUGUGAAAGAGAAGCGUCACUUUGCUUUUCUUAAACAAAAAGCCGCCGAAGAAAAAAUCAAAUUAGCUCGAAGAGCCCGCAUUCAUUUAGAAUCAAUACGACCCGAAAAAGAGUCCUACUACAUUGAUCAGCUUAAAAUUCAUGUGCGGAAAAUUCCUGUUCCCAAAAUGCUCAUGUCAAUCGAGAAUAAAAUUAAAAGCUAUGCACCAGCACAACUGAAGAUCAAAUAUCCAGAUUUGGUAAGUUCGUACAUGGACGAAGUCCACACAGAUUUCGAUAGACUGAUGAAGAUCUUUAGCAUGAAAAAGAUCCUACGUCAUCCGGAAUUUGAUGAUGAAAAUCCAGAAGAUUUUAAUCUUCCUAGACCGGAUUUUCGAUUUAAAUUCCCAGGACGAACUCCACGCUAUGCUGAAGUAUUCAUUUCAAAUAGAAAGAAACUUACCGAUAAGCUAUUGAUUGUGUUUCCUUUUGUUCGAGCGGUUUUGGCUCUUUCCGAGUCAGAUUUUCCUCUUAUAAUUCACUAUUUUGGCCGAAAUGAAUACCUGCACCUGAGCAAGGAUUUGGAAACGAUUUUACUCCAUUCCUAUGUGAAGGCUUGUAAGGCUGAUAUUGAAAAAAGAACUUCUUUCAUUCGAUGGAAUUGGUAUCCCCGCAUUGUGAACAUUGUGAAGAAACACUAUCGCAAGAAAACCAUACCCAUGUCGAAAUGGACAAAAGCCUUUAACUGCAUUGAGGGACUUAUAAAUCGGCAAAUAAAUAACUUGAAAAUGCGAACCUUGGAUGGUUUGUUAGAGCUCUGUGGCAAUGCUAGGGAAAUGCCACAAUUCAAACUUAAUGUCGACUAUGAUCAACAUCGUGAAUGUAUUGACUUAAGUCCGAGUUAUGAAAACAUUGAAGCAGGAUUUUGUUCAAUAGCUUUGGGAAUUGCUGAGGCUUCAACUGAUCUUGAACCUUUAAGGCCGCAGAUAAAUCCAUAUUUAUCUGGGCAUUGUGGGGAAUUCUUGCCAAUUGAGUUGAAUAAAGCCUAUCUUGAUGAAUUUUUGGAAAAAUUGAAAAAGAGAGUUCUUCAAACUUAUAUCCCCGUUAAGAAAUACUUAAAACGCUUUCAAUGCAAAUAUUAUUGUUUGUAUAGUCGAGAAAUUCGAGCUGAUCUGGAGGAGUUCUUGGAGAAGCCACGAACGUUUGAAGAAUAUUUCAAGAAGAUCGAAACUUAUUUUGCUUAUAUUGAUCUGCUACGAAGUGAACCAAUGAGAGAGUUCUUUGAGAUAGCUCUGAUAAAUAACGGUCCUGCGAUUGAUAAACUUCGGCAGCUUGCUGAAAGUUUAAUUCAAAGAAUCACAGAGCAUAUUGUGAUUGAGCAUAUGAGAGCUGAAAAGAGAAUAUGUGAUACUUUUGAAGAUAUAAAGGCUAAAGCAUUAAAGAUCCCACGUUCGACAGAGGAACUGCUUGAAGGAGCUGAAUACAUGAUUUAUGUGAAAAAUACCCAAAUGGCAGAAUUGCGAGAUCAAAUUCAGUAUUGUUUGAGAAUCGGGACUGAUCUUGUUUCACUAACUGAAAUGACAAAGGAACAUAUUGAUUUGACUGUCCACACAAUCAAUUGGCUGAGGGAUAUCAAUGAGGUCUUCGAGUUGAAUGCCUCUCAGCAUGAACAGUAUAAAUUUAUGUUCGAGGAACAUUUGCAGGAAGUGGUGAAAAAACUGAACAAGGAUAUUCUUGAGUUUAUUCCCAAAAUGACGGUUUUGGAUGAUAUGUGUGAUACUGAUAAAUUUCGAGAAUAUUAUAUCUUGUUGCAGAACUUUAUUGAUCAAUUAAAAACUUUUGAUGACUACAUAAAGUGGAUCAAUAAAGAGGAAAAAUUGUAUAAGAUACCACAGACACAGUAUCCCACGAUGGAGGUGCUAAAUGAAUUUGUUUAUCCUUUUGCAACUUUAAUGAGAUUGUGCAUCCGAUGGUUGAGAUAUUAUUUUGUUUGGAUGGAUGGACCAUUUGAAUAUUUAGAACCAAAAUUCGUUGAAGAAACGACUGAUAACUUUUAUAAGGAGUUUUUGAAAAAUCAAAAAUACUAUCGCAAUAAAAUCAAACAGGAUUUAAUUGGAAAUCCCGUUUGCCGUUUUCGAGGACAAACAGAAGAUCCCGACCCUGAACAACACCCGGUGCCCUUAAAACUCUGUGCCAAAAUGAUAAAUUGGAUAAAAGACUUCCGUUUGGGUGUAUUCAUGGUUAACAUAAUGUGCAAUCCAGCUCUACGUAAACGUCAUUGGACUGAAAUGUCCCAAAUAGCAGACUUUGAUAUAACUCCCGAUGCUGGAACAACACUAAGAAAAUUAAUCAACUACAAACUCGAUGCCAAAUUGGAUAGUUUCGAAAUAAUAAGCGUUAGUGCAAAUAAAGAACUUCAACUGCAAAAUAAUCUCUUUUCCAUGAUGAAAGAAUGGGAUACAAUAAAUUUUCCAACUGGUCCCUACAAAGAAACUAACGUACAAAUCCUAUCAAAUUUGGAUGAUAUUCAAGCUUUGCUCGAUGAUCAUAUUAUCAAAACCCUGUCGAUGCGUGGUUCAGCUUUUAUGAAACCUUGUGAAAAAGAGGUACUGGCUUGGUAUGAGAAACUUAUUCGAGUCAAUAGAACUCUAGAGCAAUGGGGUAAGGUUCAGGCAAACUUCCUCUAUCUUUUGCCAAUAUUCUCGUCGAAGGAUAUCAUAGCCCAGAUGCCCGAAGAAGGUCGAUUAUUUGCACAAGUAGAACAAACUUUUAAACGAAACAUGGGAAUGGUUAUACGAAAUCCAUUGGUCAUGGAGACCGGUCCAGCUGUGGGAAUGCUCGAAUCACUCGACAAAGCUGUUGAACUACUCGAAGAUAUAACAAAUGGCGUGAAUGAAUAUUUGGAAAAGAAACGCUUGUAUUUUCCAAGAUUUUUCUUCCUAUCCAAUGAUGAAAUGUUGGAGAUCCUCUCUGAAACUAAAGAUCCCCUCAGAGUGCAGCCACAUUUGGGGAAAUGUUUCGAGGGUAUUAGUACUCUAGAAUUUGAUAAACAACUCAAUGUUCUAUCUAUGAAUAGCUCAGAAAAGGAAAAUAUCAAAUUUGUCGAAAUGGUGUCUACAUCUGCAGCCGGGGGAAGUGUCGAAAAGUGGUUGGUGGGUGUGGAAGAACAGAUGUUGUCUGCAGUGCGAUACCAAACAGAACUCAGCUAUAAUGAUUAUACAACAAAAAAGCUUGGCGAUUGGGUUGUAGAUUGGCCACAAAUGGUUGUCUUAUGUGUUUCUCAGAUUUACUGGGCUGCAAGUGUCCAUCGUCAUCUGCGAUCAACCGAACUAAAUGCAAUGUCAGAGUUUUUUAAACAACUCAAUGUUGAAUUGACAGAUAUUGUAGCUCUGAUUCGGCGGAAGGAUAUUUCAAAUUUGGCAAGAAUUACCAUCAAGUCGUUAAUAGUCAUAAACGUUCACGCUAAAGAUGUGAUCAACGAACUCAUUCAGGCAAAUGUUACGGAUGAAUCCGACUUUGCUUGGCUAUCGCAGUUGCGUUAUUAUUGGGAGAAAGAUGACACUCUUGUGAGGAUCAUAAAUGCAACGGUUCCUUAUGCAAAUGAAUAUCUCGGAAACUCCGAUAGACUUGUGAUCACACCGCUAACUGAUCGGUGUUAUCGAACUUUGAUUGGAGCUUACCAACUUCACUUGAAUGGUGCCCCUGAGGGCCCAGCAGGAACUGGUAAAACAGAAACCACUAAAGAUUUAGCCAAGGCUUUGGCCGUGCAAUGUAAGGUUUUCAAUUGCUCCGAUGGUCUCGAUUACAAAGCAAUGGGGAAGUUUUUCAAAGGUUUGGCUUCGUGUGGAGCUUGGGCAUGUUUUGACGAAUUCAAUCGUAUUGAACUGGAAGUUCUUUCUGUGGUAGCUCAGCAAAUUCUUUGUAUAAUUCAAGCAGUACGAAGUAACGCAACAAAAUUCAUGUUUGAAGGAACAGAACUGACCUUAAAUCCUGCCUGUUAUGUUUGUAUUACAAUGAAUCCUGGAUAUGCUGGUCGUUCGGAACUUCCUGACAAUUUAAAAGUUCUUUUUCGGUCAGUAGCAAUGAUGGUUCCAGAUUAUGCAAUGAUUGGAGAGAUUUCUCUUUAUUCAUUUGGCUUUGUCAAUGCUAGAAAUCUGGCUGUAAAGAUUGUUACGACUUAUAGGCUUUGUUCGGAACAGCUGUCAUCACAGAAUCACUACGAUUAUGGAAUGCGAGCUGUAAAAAGUGUUCUCUCAGCUUGUGGAAACAUUAAAAAGAUGUUUCCAGAUGAAAAUGAAGAUAUUCUUCUUCUAAGAUCACUGUUGGAUGUGAACUUGCCCAAGUUUCUGUCUUUUGAUAUACCUUUGUUUGAAGGAAUCAUAUCGGAUUUAUUCCCUGGAAUUCGAUUACCCAGUCCAGAUUAUAAUCUAAUCACUGAAGCAUUCAAUCGCAUAUGUGGAGAGAUGAAUCUGCAGCCUACUGAAAGCUUCUUGACAAAAGUCAUUCAAACCUAUGAGAUGAUGAUUGUUCGUCAUGGAUUUAUGAUGGUGGGUGAGCCUAUGGCUGGAAAAACAAAAACCUUACAUGUUUUGGCAAAGAUUUUGUCUUCAUUAAAAGACUCCGGGUCAAGUCCGUAUUUUCAAGAUGUUCAAAUAGGUGUAGUCAAUCCCAAAGCUAUAACCAUGAAUCAACUUUAUGGUGCAUUCGAUCCAGUUUCUUAUGAAUGGACAGAUGGAAUUGUUGCAACGAUAUUUAGAAACUUUGCCAUGGAUAAUUCUUCAGAUCGUAAAUGGGUAAUUUUUGACGGCCCUGUAGAUGCUGUUUGGAUUGAAAACAUGAAUACUGUUCUGGAUGAUAAUAAAAAGCUUUGUUUGACUUCGGGCGAAGUGGUAACCAUGACCAACGAAAUGUCAAUGAUUUUCGAAGUAAUGGACUUGGCUCAAGCCUCACCGGCUACUGUGUCUCGUUGUGGUAUGAUUUAUAUGGAAACAGCUACUUUAGGUUGGCAGACUUUUGCAAAAUCUUGGCUAAAUAAGUGCGAUGAAACAUGGGCAGAUGCUGAAGGGAAGAUUUAUGUGAUGGCGUUAUGCAGUUGGCUUUUGCCACCGUGUCAGGCCUUUAUCAGAAGAUCAUGUACUCAACUUCUGCGACCUGGAGAAUUUAGUGUUCUUCGAACAACAUUUGAUCUCUUUGAAAUGUUAAUGCAAGAAGCUAUUGAAGAAAAUCCCGAAGAAUAUCAACGUUACAUGAUAACUUAUUUCCAAGCAUCAAUAUUAUAUUCAAUAGUUUGGGGAAUUGGUGGGAUAUUGGAUACAAAUUCUCGUCAACUUUUUGACCAAUUUUUAAGAAAAUUCUGGAGUCAAGAUGAAGAAGAUAAAAAUUCUAUCCCCGAAGCUAUUGGAAAACUUGAAAUAGCACUGCCCUCAGAAGGUCUUUUAGCUGAUUAUGUUUAUAUGUACAAACAAAAAGGUACAUGGAAAUAUUGGCCAGAGUUGGUCAAAAAAAUGGAACCCGAAGAAUCAGCUUCUGGUGUUCAAAUACCAACCAUAGACACUGCAAGGUAUAUGCAUUUAUUGGAAAUGCAUAUUAAGCACGAAAAGAAAUUCUUACUUGUUGGACCAACUGGAACUGGAAAGAGUGCUUAUAUUCAGAACAUGCUUAUGAAUAAGGUAUCUCCUGAAAAAUACAUGUCGACUUUUAUCACUUUUACGGUUAUGAUCACUGCCAAUCAGACACAAGAUCUUAUUAUUUCAAAGCUUUUUAAACUUAAACGGGGUAUUUACGGACCUCCAAAAGGUCAGACAGCUCUCAUAUUCGUCGAUGAUAUGAAUAUGCCAGCUAAAGAAGUCUAUGGUGCUCAACCUCCAUUGGAACUUCUUCGCCAAUACUUCGACGUUGGUCACGUUUAUGACCUCAAAGACACUUCCAAGAUCUUUCUUCAAAACCUGCUUAUAAUUUGUGCAUGUGGACUGCCUGGUGGUAGUCGACAAGAUGUUUACGCUCGAUUCCUUUCCCAUUUCAAUAUAUUCUCCAUUAAUACCUUCGCUGAGGAUACUAUGAACAGGAUCUUCGUUAAUGUCCUUUUGAAUGGUUUCAAGAAAUCAGGACACAGUCAUGAUGUUUUGUCAAGCACACAGCAAAUUGUAAGUGCUACCCAGCAGAUAUACAAGUAUGUACAAACCGAGUUGAGGGCUACACCAGAUAAGUCGCAUUACAUCUUCAAUCCAAGGGAUAUUUCCCGUGUUGUAACAGGUUGUGCCCUUUUGAAGAAGGAAUCAGUGGAUAAUAAGAAGAUCUUUGCUCGUCUGUGGUAUCACGAAGCGAUGCGUGUGUUUUAUGAUCGUUUAGUUGACGAAAAUGAUCAGCGAUGGAUUUUCGAAAAACUUAACGAAUGUAUCAAAGAGAAUUUCAAAGAACGAAUGGAGUCGGUUUUCGAGCAGUAUGCUGGCGAAGAUGGUCAGGUCACACUAGAAGGUGUGAAUCGAAUGAUUUUCGGCGUUUACAUGGAUGAAGAUAACGAACCGGAUGAGAAGAAAUAUGAAGAAGUUGUUUCGCUGGAAGCUUUCAGCAAAGUGGCCUAUCAGAAUCUCGAAGAAUACAAUGCCACUCGAAGGACCAAAAUGGACAUAGCCUUGUUCACCUAUGCAUUGCAACACUUGAACAAGAUCUGUCGAAUUAUAUCGAUUCAGGGUGGUAGUGCUUUGUUGGUAGGUAUUGGAGGGUCUGGAAGGCAAUCACUGACAAAGCUUGCUGCAACUAUUUGUGGAACGUCCCUGUUCCAACCAGAAAUUACAAAGAAUUACGGUGUUAAUGAUUGGCAUGAUGAUAUAAAGAAUAUUUUGAAGGAAGCUGGAGGUAUUGGCAAACACACAGUUUUCCUAAUGACCGAAAAUCAAAUCAAAAUGGAACUAUUCCUUCAGGAUAUCGAUUGUCUAUUGAAUCAAGGUGAAGUACCAAAUAUCUAUGCUAUUGAUGAAAAACAAGAACUAUUGGAACUUGUUCGUCUUGCCGCUCAAGGAGGCAAUCGAAAUAUUGAUAUCUCUCCAUUGCAAGUGUUUUCGUAUUUUGUCAACCGAUGUCGUCAAAAGUUGCAUAUUAUUUUGUGUUUCAGUCCAAUUGGGGACUCACUGAGGACCAGAAUCAGAUUAUAUCCUUCGCUAGUUAAUUGUUGUACAAUUGAUUGGUUCCAGAUCUGGCCUGAAGAUGCACUCCAAAUGGUUGCAAAAAUAUCAAUGGAAGAUGUCAAUGUUGAGCCAGAAGUUAAAGAAGCCAUAGUUGUCAGUUGCCAGUAUUUUCAUUUGAGCGCGAAUGAUGUUAUCAAGGAAUUUUUCGCAGAGACCAAUCGGAUUGUUUACAUCACUUCUGCAUCAUUUUUAGAACUGAUUCGUUCAUUUCGGACGUUGGUAAGUCGCAAGCAAACAGAAACUAUGGAAGCUAAAAUGCGGUAUAUUGGAGGACUGGAAACUCUUAAAGUUGCUGCAGAAGCUAUUUCUGUGAUGCAAAUUCAAUUGAAUGCUUUGCAACCAAAACUAUUGGAAAUGGCUAACGCCUCCCGAAGAAUGAUGGAGGAGAUCAAUACUGAGACAAUAGCUGCUAGUGCAGCAGCUGAACAAGUGAAAAAAGAUGAAAUAGUCGCUGGAGCGCAAGCUAAAGCUGCUCAGUCACUGAAAGACGAAUGCGAGAAAGAUCUAGCUCAGGCAAUUCCGGUGCUCGAAGAAGCUAUCUCAGCUUUGAAUACCUUGAAGCCAGCAGACAUAACGCUGGUUAAAUCUAUGAAAAAUCCUCCUUCGGUAAUUAAGCUGGUCAUGGCAGCUGUUUGCGUGAUCAAAGGUGUCCCGGCUGAUCGAAUCAACGAUCCAGCUACUGGAAAAAUGGUCAAUGACUACUGGGGUCCCAGUAAACGUAUUUUGGGUGACAUGAACUUCCUCCAGGCUCUAAAAGAUUUCGACAAAGAUAACAUUAGUCCUGAGAUAAUGAAAAAAAUUCGCAAAGACUUCAUUCCACACAAAGAUUUCCAGCCGAAAAUUGUCGCCAAGGCUUCCAGUGCUGCCGAGGGUCUUUGCAAAUGGAUCAUUGCUAUGGAUUUGUAUGACAACGUUGCCAAAGUUGUAGCUCCAAAGAAAGCAAAACUACAAGCAGCUGAGAAAGAAUAUUCCGAUACAAUGCAAAUUCUAAAUGAAAAACGUGAAAUGGCCGAGGCCUUGGAGAGGAAAGUGGCUCUUCUUAACGAGCAUUUGGAGAAAGCAAAUAUGGAAAUGCAAAGAACCCAGGACGUAGCGGAUUUAUGUCAAAACAAACUUAUGCGUGCUGAAGCUCUUAUUGGUGGACUGGGAGGAGAAAAAAGCCGCUGGACGGAAGCAGCUGAAACCCUUCAAGCUACCUAUGAUCAUCUUCCUGGUGAUAUACUCCUAUCUUGUGGUAUCAUUGCUUAUUUGGCAACAUUAACAGCACCAUUCCGGAAUCGAUGUAUUGAAAACUGGUUCGAAAAGUGUCAAUCUCUGAACAUACCCUGUUCGACAGUUUAUAGUAUUAUAAGUAGCCUUGGUACUGAGAUAGCCAUUCAGCAGUGGAAUAUUUAUGGUCUUCCAAGAGAUGUCUUCUCCUCGGAGAAUGCCAUAAUUUCAGCAAACUCUGGAAGAUACAGUCUUUUUAUUGAUCCUCAGGGUCAAGCAAAUAAAUGGAUCAAGAAUAUGGAACGGAAUAAUCGGCUAAAGGUUGUCAAAUUCAGUCAGAAGAAUUACAUGAAAGUUAUUGAGACUUCACUCGAAAGUGGUCAACCAGUUCUGAUAGAAAAUAUUUUGGAAGAACUUGAAGUUCCUUUAGAUCCGAUUCUUUUGAAAAACACUUUUGUCCAAGGUGGACAGGAAUUUGUUAGUUUAGGGGACAAUGUUGUGCCGAUAUCAAAAAAUUUCCGCUUAUACAUGACUUGCAAUCUUAGGAAUCCACAUUUUUUGCCUGAAACCUACAACAAAGUGACAAUAAUAAACUUUGCACUCACUCAAAGCGGAUUGGAAGAUCAGCUGUUGAGCAUAGUUGUUGCGAAAGAGCGUCCUGAUUUGCAAGAAAUGCGUGAAGCUCUUACCGAACAAGCAGCAAAAAAUAAGGCUGCUCUGAAAGACGCCGAAGAUAUGAUACUUAAGACUCUCUCUUCAUCACAGGGAGACAUUUUGGAAGAUGAAGGUGCCAUUCGCAUUUUGGACGAAUCUAAAAAUCUCUCCGUCGAUAUUGUAGCAAAACAAUUGGCUUCGAAGGAAACUGAGGAGAAAAUUGAUGCUUUCCGAUUGAACUACAAACCAGUAGCAGCUCAUUCGUCAAUCUUGUAUUACACAAUAACAGACCUGCCCAACAUAGAUCCAAUGUAUCAAUUUUCUCUUAAUUGGUACAUCAAUUUGUAUAUGUAUUCGAUUGAGAAUGCAAAUAAAUCAAAAGAUCUAGCUAGAAGGGUAAAAUUUCUUGUCGAUGCAAUAACUCAAAAUCUCUACAAUAAUGUCUGCCGAUCGAUUUUCGAAAAAGACAAGCUUUUAUAUUCAUUUAUUUUGACAACCAAACUUAUGCUAGAUACAAAGCAAAUUGAAAUGGCUCAUGUGAUGCAUUUGCUGACAGGAGGUGGCACAGAAGAUGUUGUCGAUGAUCAACCAAAUCCUGAUCCUUCAUGGAUAUCAGAUAUUGUCUGGCAGUGUAUUCGAAAACUUGAGCAUCUUCCUGUAUUCCGAUCAUUUGUUGAAUCAUUUAAGACAAAUCUUAAAGAAUGGCGGGAGUAUUAUGAUCAUUCCGAUCCUCAAACACUGGCAUUGCCAUCAAUUUGGGAGACCAAAUGUACACGUUUUGAGAAGAUAUUGAUAUUGCAAGCAUUUAGACCUGACAAAAUUUUCAUGGCUAUAAAUCUGUUUAUUGUAGCUGAAUUGGGAGUGAAAUUCGUUUCACCGCCUCCCUUUGAUAUUGGAAAUUCUUUUCAGGAGUCAAAUUGUUUGACACCGUUGAUUUUUAUUUUAUCGCCUGGUGCUGAUCCAAUGGGAUCACUUUUACUCUUUGCUGAACGAAUGGGUUUCGAUGAAACAUUCAAAAGUAUAUCUCUUGGACAGGGCCAGGGUCCGAUAGCAAUGAAGAUGAUUGAAGAAGCACAAGAGUCAGGUUAUUGGGUUUGUUUGCAGAAUUGUCAUUUGGCAGCUUCAUGGAUGCCAACAUUGGAAUACAUGUGGGAGAAUAUGGAUAGUUAUAAUACAUUUCCAACAUUUCGUUUGUGGCUAACAAGUUAUCCUAGCGAUGAGUUUCCUGUGUCGUUACUUCAAAAUGGAGUCAAGAUGACAAAUGAACCACCAACUGGACUUCAACAAAAUCUAAUUCGGUCAUAUAACUCGGAGCCUAUGAACGAUGAUAAGUUUUACACUGGUUGCCCCAAGCAAGAUCGAGCAUUCACUAGACUUUUAUAUGGAAUUUGUUUCUUCCAUGCCGUUGUACAGGAACGCAGAAAAUUCGGACCUCUGGGCUGGAACAUUCAAUACGGAUUUAAUGAGUCUGAUUUUCAAAUAUCUGUUCAACAGCUCCACAUGUUCUUGAACCAAUAUGACCACGUUCCCUAUGCAGCAAUAUCUUACCUUACAGCUGAAUGUAACUAUGGCGGACGUGUAACCGAUGCAUGGGAUCGUAGAGCUAUCAUAACAAUUCUAGCUGACUAUGUGAAUGAGCAAGCUGCUACAAAUCACCGUUAUAUGUUUGCCAAUGACGAUGCAUACAUUUUACCAAGAAAAACCGAACACCGCGAAAUCCUUCGCUACAUAAACGAAUACAUACCAUCGCUUCCGCCACCAGAAGUCUACGGACUUCACAGUAACGCUGGCAUCACUCGUGAUCUUCAAAUGACCAAUACCCUUUUGGAUUCUAUGAUCCUCACAUUGGGUAGUUCGUCAGCUGAUGCAAGUGAUGAAAAUAGCGAAGCUAGUCUUUUGGCAACAAUUCAUCAAAUACAAUCAAAUAUGCCACCAGAAUUCGAUAUCGAAAAGGCUAAGGAAAAAUAUCCUGUUGAUUAUAAAGAAUCAAUGAAUACCGUUAUUGUGCAGGAAAUGGAACGUUUUGCAAAGCUACAAAAAGAAAUCAUUGGAACUUGUGUGGAAUUGCAGAAAGCAAUUAAAGGAAUUUCUGUUAUGACCCCGCAGUUGGAAUUGGUCAUACAAGCGAUUCAGUUUAAGAAAGUUCCCACCAAAUGGAUGUCGAAAUCGUAUCCUAGUUUGAAGCCAUUAAGUUCGUAUAUAGUCGACUUUUAUAAACGUUUAAAAUGGCUACAGGAUUGGUAUGAUCAUGGGAAACCAGCAACAUUCUGGAUUUCGGGAUUCUUUUUCACACAAGCUUUUCUAACCGGUGCCAUGCAAAACUUUGCUAGAAAAUAUAAAAUUCCUAUUGAUACACUUACAUUUGAUUUUGUAGUUUUAGAUUCUAAAAGUAUGGAAAUUCCGCCAGAAGAUGGCGUUUAUAUCAAUGGGAUAUUUCUAGAAGGAGCUCGUUGGAAUUGGGAUAAACAUUUAUUGGACGAACAAAUACCAAAGAUUUUGAUUGCUGAUGUUCCCGUUAUUCAUUUGAUGCCUGUUUUGACUGUAAAAUUAGAUGAAGGAACACGCUAUAAAUGUCCACUUUAUAAGACUUCAGAACGAAAGGGUAUUCUUUCGACUACUGGCCACUCAACAAAUUAUGUGAUACCAAUUUUGUUGGAAACAUUGGUACCAGCAACACACUGGGUGAAACGGAGUGCAGCUUUGAUAUGUCAGACUAAUACUUGAAGGAAUUUUUCCAUAAGUUUUUAUAUUUUUCUUAAAUAACCAAUGUACGA